AUGGUCAGAGCCACAGAGAAGCGCAUCUACCUCACCCGCCACGCGCAGGCUGAACACAACGUAGCGGAUGACUACAGCAUUCCCGACGCGCCGCUGACGGCACUCGGACGUGAACAAGCGCGGAACCUGUAUGAAGACACGAAGGACACGAUCCAAACGACGGCCGAGCUGCUGGUGACGAGCGGAUUGCGGCGUACAAUGUCCACUGCGAUCAUAGGCUACGCCGCUCUAAGGAAGCGGAGCGAGGCGGCGGGGAAGGCAGUCGUCGUGCUCCCGCAGCUGCAGGAGUGCAACAACCUGCCGUGCGAUACUGGCUCGUCAAGGGAAGAGCUGGAAGCAGUACCCGAGUUCGCUGGCCUGGAUCUGAGCAACCUGACGCCGGACUGGAACUCGAAGAAGGGGUUCUACGCGGGCGACACAGAGACGCUGAAGGCGCGCGCGCAGUGGAACCGCCGAUGGCUGCGCUCGCGGCCAGAGCGGGACAUAGUGGUGGUAGCCCACGGAGACUGCCUGCGGUACAUCACGGACGGGGAGAACUCGCUGAAGCCGUGGGCGAACUGCGAGGUGCAGGAGUACACGUUCGCGGUGGACGAGGAGCAGGACGGGGAGGGGACGGCGUGGCUGGUGCCGGUGAAGAAGGUCGUCCAGGAGGGCGCGGACGAGCCGACGUCGUCUGCGAUGUAG